CAAUCUAUCCGUACGAAUGGACUAUACAUGAUAUGCACCAAUUGAUCUCAGCCUGACUCAUAUGUCUAAGUUUUCUCCGGUGACAACAGAACCAGAAAAGUGCUCCAAUGGAAGUAACACAACACCACAAAACACUGGCCGUAGCUACCGUGAAUGUUGACGUCGAAAAGCCGAGAACCACGGGUUAUACUGCUCCUACGGAAGAAGAAGAAUCCAUAUCGCUCGACCAGCUCCCAAAGCAGUUGUUCUGGGAGACUCGAGAACUCUUCCAGUGGAACGGCUUCUGGUAUCGCCCCUGCCAUCUCAAGGCCGCCCUGGCUCUUCGUUCACGGUUCCGGCCGCGAGACGACGACGUCCUCUUGGCAUCUGCCAUGAAAACUGGAAGCACGUGGCUCAAAGCGCUCUGUUUCUGCAUCUUGACAAGCACUAAACACAAACAGAGUCAAGAGAAUGGCAACAUUGCAGCCGGCACCGAACAAGAAGAUCGGUUGGAAGACCCCCUGGCGGUUAACCACCCCGCGCAUUACGUGAAGACCUUGGAGGUCCAGGUAUUCACGGAGAACCCGCCUCCGGACCUCUCGGUCAUCGAGUCUCCAAGGUUGUUCCACACCCACUUGCCUUACAGUGCGCUUCCCGGAUCCGUCAAGGCCUCUCCAUGCAAAAUCAUCUACCUCACGCGCAACCCGAAAGACACCCUCGUCUCCCUGUGGCACUUCUUCAACCACCUCCGGAGCAACGAAGAGGGUCCCUUCCCGUUUGAGCGCGCCUUUGAGGGCUUCUGCGAUGGGGUCUGCUUGUUCGGGCCUUUCUUUGACCACGUGCUCGAGUAUUACAAUGCGAGCUCGAAGAUGCCGGAGAAGGUGCUGCUCUUGAAGUACGAGGACCUGAAGAGAGACCCGAGAGGACAAGUGAAGCGGCUGAGCUCAUUCCUUGGGAGGCAGUUGGAGGAGGAAGAGGAAGUGGAGGACAUUGUUUGGAGGUGCAGCUUGGAGAGGCUCAAGAGCUUGGAGGUGAACAAGGGCGGGGUCGAUCCGUGGGUGAACAUGCCGAACAGCGCCUUCUUCAGGAAGGGCAUUGUCGGGGACUGGAAGAGCUUGUUCACGGCGGAGAUGGCCCAGCGUCUCGACGAGAUCGCAAGGACGAAGCUCGAAGGGUCAGGACUUGACCUCUGCAUCGAUACAUGACGGAGGCGGCUCGCGUAGAAGACAAAUUACGCGACCCGGGUAUGCAUUGAAAACUUAACACACACACACACAGAAAUAACGUCGAGUCCCGCUAGCUAUUUCCAUGCAGUAAAGACACGCUCGUGUCAUGAUCUCGUGAAAUCCGAAUCAAUAAUUCGGGAGGAUCCAAUCUUAAUGAGAUCCUUCCAAUAAAAUCGUUAUGUAAACUGAGUUACUGUUCUUGUUGCAAACAAUAGAAUGUUCAAAUGAUGCUUCA